ACAAACGGAAGUCGUCUCAUUCAAAUACUCCGAGCAGGUGUCACGUUCAUUUGUGUCCCUCCCCAAAAUGGCGAACGUAGCUGCCGCCGCGGCUGCUGCCGCCGCUGCCGCCGCCGCCGCGAGCAGAGACCCGGCCGUUGACCGGUCGUUACGGUCGGUGUUCGUGGGGAACAUCCCGUAUGAAGCCACAGAGGAACAGCUCAAAGACAUCUUCUCUGAAGUCGGGCUCGUUGUCAGCUUCAGGUUGGUGUAUGACAGGGAGACAGGAAAGCCAAAGGGAUAUGGUUUCUGUGAGUACCAGGACCAGGAGACGGCCCUCAGUGCCAUGAGGAACCUGAACGGGAGAGAGUUCAGCGGUCGGGCCCUUCGUGUUGACAACGCAGCCAGUGAGAAAAACAAGGAAGAGCUCAAAAGUUUGGGAACAGGAGCCCCCAUCAUCGAGUCUCCUUAUGGUGACACCAUCCAGCCGCAGGAAGCGCCAGAGUCCAUCAGCAGAGCUGUGGCCAGUCUGCCACCUGAGCAGAUGUUUGAACUUAUGAAACAGAUGAAGCUGUGCGUGCAGAACAGUCCGCAGGAGGCGAGGAACAUGCUGCUGCAGAACCCUCAGCUGGCCUACGCUCUGCUGCAGGCACAAGUGGUCAUGCGGAUUGUUGACCCCGAGAUAGCCUUGAAAAUGCUCCACCGUCAAACUUCAGUCCCGUCUCUGAUUCCCAGCGGGCAGGGUGGAGGAGCGCCACCGGUCAAUCCACCUCCCGCGCAGCCAAGCGCUCCAGUGUCUCAGCCGCAGCCUGUGCCUGGGAUGCACGUUAAUGGAGCUCCUCAAAUGAUGCAGCCCCCCAACAUGGGUGUUGUCCCCGGACCAAUGCCUGUGCCAGGACCGGGACCAGGACCGGGACAAGGACCAGUACCAGUUGGACCUCCAGGAAACCUUCAGCAUUCUCCCACAGGAUCGUCUGGGCAAGCUGCUAUCGAGCGGCCUCAAGGACCAGGCGGGAUCCCCCCCAGAGGCCUGCUUGGAGACGGUCCUAAUGAUCCCAGAGGAGGAACUCUGCUGUCUGUCACUGGAGAGGUCAUAGAUCCCAACCGGGGUUACAUGGGAGCUCCACCGCCACACCAAGCCCCACCUGUACACAUGACCCAAAUGGCGAGUGGCCCCCCUCCGGAUAUGAGAGGACCUCCAAUGGACAUGAGGGGCCCGCCCAUGGGUGAACCACGGAACAUGAUCGUUGACCCCAGAGGGCCCCCGAUGAUGGAGCCGCGGGGACCCCCGAUGGAAACCAGAGGUCGUGACCCGAGGGCGAUGGACACCCGUGGGCCAGUGACAGGGCAGAGGGUUCCCAUGGCAACAGGGAUGCCAGGCCCCGUUCCUCAUAGCAUGGGUCAGACUGCACCUCCACCUGCGAGACCGGGUCCUGGUAUUGGUGGCGUUCCUCCAUCAGGUGGAGGUUUUAGUCCGGGGCAGAGUCAGGUAUCCACACAAGACCAAGAGAAGGCCGCGCUGAUCAUGCAGGUGCUGCAGCUGACACCAGAACAGAUCGCCAUGUUGCCCCCGGAGCAGCGGCAGAGCAUCCUCAUCCUCAAAGAGCAGAUUCAGAAGACCGCAGGCGGAGCGCCUUGACAACCCGACUGAAAAAAGGACUCUUAGACUGCUCCAACAUGUCACCUUCAACUCAGAAGACGUCUCAUAAGUUUGGAAUAUUGUAUAGUUUUUUUUAAAUCAUAUUGUCUGUUUUCUGUAUGAAAGAGUGAGGGUCAGUGCUUGUGGAUUCAAAAAUAAGUGAAACUUCUGAGAGGAUGACUGCAAUGAAUGCAGGACAGAUUUGAAGAAAUAACAGUUGUCAUGAGGUUUCAUCCUUUGGCUCCGAAGCGGACAGUUUUUAUGUUACCGACUCUGGAAAACGUUUGUUUGGAUGUUGUUUUGUCAAUAAAACAAAAGAAAAAUA